UUUUUAAAAAUAGAGAGAAUUUUGAUUAAAUUUCGGAACGAAAUGUCGGAUCGGAAAAGUUUGGUUUCGUUGGUUCGGUACACUUCGCUGGUGCCGUGUGAGGGUUUGAGCACGGUGGCCGAAAGUGAAGAUUCGGACGAUUUCACCUCAGGCGACGACACUGACGAUGACGAGGAGACGUCGGCAGAACGAUUUACGAAUUUCGUGAACAAUUUUGAGGCCAGUGGUGUGACCUACGGGGUCAAGCUACACUUGGAGCGGAGACUGAGUGAUCCUCCUCCGAAACAAGCGGGGGACUCCUCGGUAAUCUACCGCUGUGCUUCAAAGCUAAUUCGAGUUGCAAUGCCUGGGAUGCUGGACUUACAAUCUUCUUUGAGGUUCCUGACAGUUCGAUGA